AUUCGCGUUCAGACGUUUGUCGCAUACGGACGUGCGGUGUUGUCGGCUCUAACGUAAACGAAAAAGACGCGAUUUUCUCUAAACUGUCAGUGAAAACGCAAGUUUUGUGGUGAUUUUUAGUGAAAUGUAAUCUGGUUUUGUGCCCAGCUGCGACUGUCACUCUGCCAAAAUGACAGAUUCGGAAUCCAGCGACGAUAGUUGGGAGAAGUUUUUCGGCCAGUCCACGACCGACCUGAUGCCGAGUAUUAUGGGCGCAUUCGAUGCCAUAAUAUCCUCCAAGUCGUCUUUUGAAAGCAGCAAAGAGACUCAACGAGUCGCACCAAAACGGAGCUAUCAAGCGAACAACUUCGCCAACCUGUCGGCGGGGGUGCAGAAGAUCCUGUCGCACGUGCCGGACCAGGAGAUCAGCAAGCACUUCAGCUCCGAAGAGACCUUGGGACCGCGGCGUUUCGGCCCCCAAAGGGCCGCCUUCAGAUCGCUGCGCUCCCCGGAGAGAACCGUCACCGUGAGCCAGCAAAAGAGCACCGAAAACUUGGAGAGAAUAUCGCCGAACGUCCAGAAGAUAAUAUCGAAUCUGCCCGACACGGAACUGGUGAUCAACCCGAGCAAAAUGUCCUCGAACAAGAACAGUUCGUUCCUCUACAAGGAAUACUUGAAACGCUCGCUCAGUGCGGACGUUAACGACAAUCAGUUCUGCGAGAGGGAGUUCAGUAGCGCGCAUUCGGGGUUGAGUGAGAAAUUCAGUGAACAUUGUGAAAACAGUGCGGACGACUAUAAUCCAAAACCGUUGGGGAGUUAUCUGCAUUCGGCGCAUGGUAUUGCCUCCAGAACGCCGGUCGGGAGGAAGAACCUUGGAAAAUACCUUCAGGUUCCUAGCGAAAGCAGUGUUGGUACCAUGAGCAGUACUACGUCAUCGGAACCAUCCAGACCUGUUUCCCUUACCAGUUUGGGUUCCUGCUCUUCGAGUGGAAGCAGUGGUCCUCAACAAACUGGAUCGACCUAUAUGGCGUCUGCUGACAGUUUGGAUAGUGAUAAUGAACAUGGAGGAUCUGCUGAUAGUGGAAUAGCAGAACAACCUAUUACUCCUGAAAUGAGGGUGCUGCAGGAGGUCCUUGAUACUGAAACUGUUUACGUAUCUGAUCUUCAGGAAGUCAUAGAGGGAUACAUGGAACCAUGGAAAAUAGACACUGAAUGCCCAUUGCAGCCCCAUCUACAAGAUCUCUUUAGCAACAUAGUGGAGAUACAUGAAUUUAACAGAAAAUUACUAAAGGAGCUCCGCCUGGCGGACUGCAACCCAACUGAAAUAGCUAAAGUAUUUCUUCAAAACCACUCCGGCUUCUCGGUGUACAAUGAAUACUGCACAAACUACCCCAAAACAAUGGACAUCCUCGGAAAACUACUGCGGGACGAAAAAAUGGUGCCCCUGUUCAGAGAGAGGCAAACAGACUUGAGGCACGCCCUGCCGCUAGGCUCGUAUCUCCUAAAACCGGUCCAAAGGAUCCUGAAGUACCAUCUCCUGCUGCAACGUCUCUCGAAACAGUGCGAACGCAGCCACACCUCCACGGUGGACCUCGCUCUGACGACGAUGACAAGCAUUGCCGCCAACAUAAACAACAUGAAGAGGAAGCACGAGAACGCGGUGAGGGUGCAGGAGAUUUUGGCGCAACUAUACGGCUGGACAGGGCCGGACUUGACCGCUUUGGGGGAGCUGAUAGCCGAGGGCACGUUCAAAUUGAUCGGGGCCCGCGCCAAACGCCACGUUUUUUUGUUCGAAAAAGUAUUAUUGAUGGCCAAAAGGAAGGAGAACGGGGUUUUGGUCUACAAAAGCCAUAUUAUGUGUUCAAACUUGAUGCUCAUAGAACAAGUCCGUGGGGAACCCCUUUGCUUCCACGUCAUUCCCUUUGAUAAUCCGAAAAUGCAGUCGACUCUAAGGGCAAGAUCCACGCUAACAAAAAGGGAAUGGACUUUGCAAAUAAAAAGGGUCAUUAUCGAAAAUUUUGGUGCCAAAAUACCGAGUCAUGCUAGAGAAUUAGUGAUGGAGUUGGGACAAGACUUAAAUGAAAAUGAAACUGAUACGGUAAACGAAAAGUGGUCCACAAAACCCUACUCAACCCCGGACUACUUGGAGCGCCGGUCUAGAGUGCGCAAAUCCGGCUAUCUGACCAAUCGCAGGGCCUCGUCCCAAGACCGUUCGUUCGCGUCGCUGAGCAACUGGCGCCGGAAGUCGGAGCCCGACAUGAUCCCGCAGUACACCACCAAAACCAUGCCGAAAAGAAUAACGCAGUUGAAGAAGGUCAAGGCAGGAAACGCGACCUUUUACACUGACCUGAGCGAUUCCGAGAAUGGGGACAAUGCGAACGAGAGUUUGGAGAGCUUGCCGAGAAACUUGACCGAGAGUUCCAUGGAUGUUUUUGCUGAAAAAGCUGACGAGCCGGACAGCCCGCAGGCGGAGCAGCGCUCGAACCUGGAAAAGAUCGUCUCGGAACUGCUGCAAUCCAGCAGGCCGGAAUUCAGCAAACUGCUCACGUCCAAUCAGCCGUCGUUCGCGAACCGACAGCGUCGCACGCUGCCGAUCGAUCCGGCGACCGCGACGUGGUACGAGGUCAGGACGAAGAACCCGACCAAGGCCGACUCGCUGCCGAGGUCGUUCCAGCUGAACGACGGGAUCGAGGACGAGACGAACGAGGACGGGAACGUCGAGUGCAAGAACGAGAGGCUGAUCGACACGUCGUUGAAAGAGAAUCCCGACGAUUGCGAAGAAGAGCAACAAGAAAAUGAUCUCUCUUCUCAAGUAGACGAAAGUGAAGACCAUCCUGAGCACAGGAUCUACCGCAAAAGCGUCAUACGCCUGUCGGUAGUGCAACGCCUAAAAAACCUGAUGUUCGAGGAGCAAAAAAUCCAGCAGAAAUCGCCGAGCGUGCACCGGAUGGGAUCGAGAAGCACGGGGGAAAAACUGGCGCACCCCGACUACGCGGACCCGCAAAAACUGUUCGCGAACUCCCGCAACUCCAGUCAAGUGAGCCUGUCCGCCGAAACGGACUUCAUGGGCGAAAAAGAGCAUCUGGAUUUGAGCAUAAACGAGAACGACGUACUUAAGGAGAUAGAGAAGCGCCUGCAGAGUACAAAUUUCGAGCUGAACGGCGGUUCUAGUCACAAAAAGGUAAACUCUAGUCACAAUCAGAAUUCCGAUUAUUACGAGUCCAUUCUGGACAAAAACUUGACCGAAGAGUACGUCAAAGACGCCAACGGUAAGCUCAUCGCCAAACAGGACAGCUUCAGUAACGGAGACAAUAAAGCCAUAUACAAAAUGAAGUACAGUUCACAAAAUAUCAUCAAAAAAGACUCCUUUAGUAUUAAGAGACCAAAUAGAGCGCCGCCACCCAUUCCCACAAAACCAACGUUCAUCAAAAAUGAAAUAUCGAAAAAUUUCAUGAUUAAGUCUGAAUCGUCCAUGGGGACAAUAAAUUCCAAUUUUACUCAGAGCGGAGGCACUAGAACCUCUCAAAGUUGGGUUAAAACUGUUGUUAACCGAUUUGAAUGAUAUUCGUAGAAUUGUUGAGGUCAUUCAACAAUUUCCUGUUUCAAAUGUGCUAUAUUCUGGCUGUUUUCAAGUAUAAUUAAUUUUAGUUACAUUAAUUGAAAUUAAUUAAAUUGUACAUAGUUUUAUCGUACUGUAUUAU